AUGGAAACACUUAUAAAUAAUAAUAAUAAACGAUUUGUUCAUAAUAAAAAAGAUUGGAUUAUAUAUAAAGACAACCCUCUAGGUAAAGGCAAUUUAAGUCAAGGUGUAUUUAAAGCAAAGAAAUUGGAUGGCAUUAUUAAUGGAGUAAAAUUAAAUAAUAUUAAUAAUGAAUGUGUUGUAAAAAUACUCAACAAUACCCAUAUUAAAAGUGCAUCUAGGGAAAUUAAAUCAAUAGAAAGGUUUUUAAAACUUGAAGAGCAUAAAACAAUUAUUAAGUUCUAUGGGUAUGGGUUUUCAGAAGAUAAGAGUAAUUUAUAUAUUUAUAUGGAGUAUUUAGAGGGUUAUUAUUCAAUUAAGGAAUUAUUAGAGAAAAGAAAAGAAGGUUUUCCAGAUUAUGAGAUUAUUUAUAUAACAAAAGGGGUAGUGGAUGCGUUAGAAUUCUUACAUGAUAAAAAGAUUAUCCACAAGGAUAUAAAAUCUGAUAACAUACUUUAUAAUCCAAGCAAUGGUGGGAUCAAGUUAAUUGAUUUUGGUACAUCGAAAGAUAUUGACGAAGUUUCAUUACAAUUUAAUGGUAGAAUAGGUACCGUAACCCAUAUGCCACCAGAAACUGAGCCUUUAAACAUUUACUACAGUUCAUCAAAUACCAAAUCAGAUAUUUGGAGUCUGGGUAUCACUCUAAUUGAAAUGGCUGGUGGGGACAUCACAAAUAAUAAUACCGAACUAUUCAAACCAUUUAUACCAGAUCGAUCUCCUAGAUUUGAAGAUUUUGUAGAAUCUUGUUUGACCUUAGACCCUUAUGCAAGAUUGGGUGCAUUAAUAAAUGUACAAGUAUCUCAACAACUAUCUGGACCCUAUCCAAAUGAAAAAAAAUCACUCAAAUCAUCUUCCUAUACUUCAGAAACGAUUAAGCCACUUUCUGUAAUUCCUGAAUCAAAAGAAUAUCUUUCAAUUUCUUCAUUAGACUAUAUGGUUUCUCUAGGAUCACUAUCUGAAUCAGUAACAUAUCUGGUAUUACAAACAUUUAAUCAGCACAUCACACUUGAUUUAAUCCCAGCUUCUGUAAAAUAUCUCGAAUUACCUUCUUUUAACCAAAUAAUUACACCUUAUUCAAUUUCUGAUUCAUUAGAGGUACUCAACUUGUCAGUAUUUAACCAACAAUUGGAGCCCAAUUCAAUUCCAGAAUUUUUAUCUAAUCUUAUACUUCCCUCAUAUAAUCAAGCAAUAAUACCUUAUUCAAUUCCAGAAUCAGUAACUGAACUCACAUUACCAUCAUUUAACCAGGUUAUAACCCAUCAUUCAAUUCCUUCAACAGUAACAGACCUUACAUUGUCUAUCCAAGCAACAAUGCCUGAUUUAGUUCCUGAAUCUAUUACCAAACUCACAUUACCAUCUUUUAAUCAAGUUAUUGAAGCUGGAUCAAUACCAAAACCCAUAGAGCAUCUAGUAUUGCCAUUAUUUAACCAACCAAUCACGCCAAAUUCAAUACCUAAUUCAAUAAGAUAUCUAAAUCUAGAUUCAUAUAACUAUCCAAUUAAUAUUCAUUCAAUUCCCAAAUCAGUAAUAGAGUUAUCGUUAAAAGCUUUUAAUUAUCCUAUAACACAAGGCUCUAUCCCCGAAUCAGUAACAAAACUUUCAUUAUCAUCUUUUAAUCAAGAAAUUACACCUCAUUCCAUUCCUUCAUCAGUUGAACAUCUAAUAUUGUCAUCUUUUAAUCAACAAAUUACACCAGAGUUAAUUUCUUCAUCAGUCGUAUUUCUAGAGUUAUCUUCAUUUAACCAACCGAUAAUCCCCUGUUCUAUUCCUCCAUCCGUAAUAGAUCUCUGUUUACCAUCAUUCAAUUAUCCAAUAACUGAAGAGUCAUUUCCAAAAUCUGUAGCAUUUCUCACACUUUCAUCUUUUGAUCAAGAGAUAACACCCUAUUCAAUACCAUCAUCAGUGGAGUAUCUUGAAAUAAAAUCGUUUAAUCCAAAUUCAAAACCAUAUUCAAUUUCUAAUUUAGCACCAGAUAUCUAUUCUGAGACAUUUGAAACUGAUUCUGACCAAGGAUAUAAAACCUCACUCACAAUACCAUCAUUUGAUGAAGAUAUUACACCAGAAACAAUUCCAUCAACUAUAGAAGAGCUCACACUGGUCUCAUUUCAUCAAGAAGUUACCCUUUCACUUCCAGGUUCAAUUAAAUAUCUCACAUUGGGAUUAUUUGAUCAAGUUAUAAAACCUCAUACCAUACCAGGCACUAUAGAAUAUCUUGUAUUGCCAUCAUUUAAUCAAAAAAUCUCACCACACUCUUUUCCUUCAUCAAUUUUAACACUUAUAUUGCCAUCAUUUAAUCAAAUUAUUUCACCCAAAUCAAUCCCCAACUCAGUAAAUCGUCUCGAGUUACAAUCAUUUAACCAACCAAUAGAGCCCAAUUCAUUUCCUGAUACAUUAAUAGAAUUAGAAUUACAAUCAUUUAACCAAUGUAUAGAGCCUUUCGUCUUACCAAAAUCAUUAGAAAAGUUAAUAUUAAAAACAUUCGAUAAACCAAUUAAACCUUAUUCAAUACCUUCAUUAGUAUCAGAGCUCCAUUUAUCAUCUUUUAAUCAAGAAAUUUUACCGCAAACUUUUCCUGAAUCUAUCUUAUAUCUCACAUUACCAUCAUUUAAUCAAAUAAUAUUACCAAAAAGCAUACCAGAGAAACUUAUACACCUCGUUCUACCAUCAUUUAAUAAAGAAAUUUUACCUGAAUCAAUACAUAGCUGUGCAGAAUAUCUCGAGUUCCCAUCUUUUAAUCAAAAAAUUAAACCAAACUCAAUUCCUCCAUCUGUUAUAGAGCUCACUUUAUCAUCGUUCAAUCACCCAAUUGUUCCAUAUUCCAUAUCUUCAUCAAUAGUAUUUCUAGAGCUAUCAAUGUUUAAUCAAACUAUAAAGCCACACUCAUUACCUUUAUCUCUAAAAUCCCUCAUACUGCCAUCAUUUAAUAAACUACUUGAACCAAACUCACUACCAGAAUCAGUUACAUUUAUCAUUUUUGAAUCAUUUAACCAACCAUUCGAAGCCGAUUCAUUCCCAUCAUCACUAAAAUAUCUUAAAAUUCCAUCAUUCAACCAGGAUAUAAAGGAUAGUUCUAUUCCAGAAGCAGUAUCAACAUUAUUUCUAGGUGAAUCAUUUGAAUUUAAUAAUUAUGGAAAUGAUCUUUCAGACUCAAUUACCAAUUUAACAUGUAGCUAUAAUUUCGAAUCACAGUUAAGAGUUAAUAAUAAUAUUCCAAAAAAAGUUCAAGUUUUAACAUUAAACAACUAUAAUCACCCAAUCAAAAAUCAAAUUUUUCCAGAAACAGUUCAUACAUUAACACUGGGUUCAAAUUUUAUAGACUUUGAAUCAUUAUCUAAUAUUUCAUCAAAUGUAGCAAAACUUACAUUUGGUAUUAAAAAUUACAUAUUAACAAAAGAAGAUAGAAAUCACAUCCCCAAAACAGUCACAGAUUUAACAAUAUUAAAAAAUGAAGAAACAAUUCCAGCUUAUAUUCAAGAGGAUUCAGAUUUAUCAUGUAAUAUUACCUCAAUACAUCCUCUUAUAAGAGAAUUUGAAAAUGAAAAGAGAUUUUUUUCAAAAUAA